AAAAAAAGCCCAACGAAGGGUCCCAUUCAUUUGGGGUCUAUUGUGCUGAGAAAACCAAAGUGCCCAAAAGGUCCAAAACAACAACAUUUAGAUUUGAGAUCUCAAAACCUUGUCCUCUUUGGUGAAUGAAUUGUUCCUAAUUGCGUCUCUAACACUAAACAACAAUACCAUGACUCACUUCCAGUUCUUCCAAACCUACACCAAUCUGUUGCUCCAACUCUCACUCUCAAUCUCACUAACCCUAGUCAUAAUCUUCCUCAAAAUCCCCAUCUUCUUCCUCCACGGCCUCCACACCUACAUCCACCCAGAAAAUCUCGGCAAUGGCGUCCGCGCCGCCAUUCGGAGGCCCGACAGCUCCGAUUCGGGUCACGCCGAGGUCAGAAAGAGGUCCAAAUCGAAGGACAAGUUUGAGUUCGACGAAAGCAAUGCUCAGAUCUUCAGGCUAAAGCUCGACGAGGCGCAUCUUCGAUCAAGGCUCUAUUUCGAUGAGUAUCGUAACGCUUUUACAAUUUCGUUUGUGGCUAUUUCUUCUCUAUCGCUUCAUAUAUUCUUGAAAAACGAUGCAUCGGAAAAAUCUGGGUUUUUCAUGGGUGGGAUUUUCGUCCCGGUUCUGUUCGGAUUUGUGGCUGUUUUUAAGAUAUUAAUGGUGUUGGGUAAACUCUCGUUUGAGAAAUCUGCUUCGAGGCGUUCGGAGAAGCAAUUGGGUGUUCUCUUUGGGGUUUUUGGGGUGAUUUUAGGGAGUUUGACUUGUUAUAACAUUACAUCUUCGGUUUUGGAUUUCGAUUUUGGCUCAAUUGAUGGGUUUGGGAGAUUUUUCAUUGCUGUUUUAAUGGGCUGCUUAGCGGGUCUUUUGUUCGUUCCUGCGACGAAGAUCGCCAGGUCGUUUUGGCUCGGGACUGAUCAGCUUAGGUCUAAUUUGUCAAUGAUUACUUGUGGAUCAUUUGCUAGAGUAAUCUUGUAUGCAAAUUAUUUGGUGAUCACAUUAACUGCGUUGUUAUGGAUUAAGCCUUUAUCCGAAAUGCUUGUUAACAAGAGUAUAGAUGAUGGUAAAGGAUCACAUUUGGUUAAUGAAAUUGGAAACGCAGAAAGGUUGCUAGGAAAUGUAGGAUUUUUGCGGUCGGAUUUUGCAAGAAUAAGGAUUUGGUGCUUAUUCAUUUCGGGUGUUUCGCAACUUGUUGCUUUGCGCCCCAAUUUGCAAAUGUACUUGAAUGAGGCGCUUCUAUCUUGGUAUCAAAGGCUGCACGCUAGCAAGGAACCUGAUUUGGAUUUUAGUAGGGCUAAGGUUUUUCUGCACAACCAUUUCUUAUGUCUAGUUGUUCUGCAGUUUCUUAUGCCUCCACUGUUGUUACUUCUCUUUCUUGGAUUAUCUCAAGUCGACAUUAGCCAUUUCGAAGUUGAUUACCAAUUUGUUUGCAGUCUACUUCCUUGCUCUGACUUCGUGAGAGAAUUGGCUCUAUUUAUGGCUUGGUGGGUUGUCUUUGUCUCAGCUGUUUAUACUUCCGCAACUAUCUCGUUGUUUCGUCGUGGAAAUUUGUGUGUUUCUUGAUGAAUUCUUCUCAUCUAGAGCUUCAAAUUUAUUGAUUAGGUUGAUUUUGAUUGAUUACAAGUUAAAGAGUGUUCUCCUAUUUAAGGAAAAUUUGUGUUUCUUUCCAUUGUUUAGAAAAAAAAAAAAGGCAUUAUGUCAUAAAUCAUACUAAUUCAGUACAUUAAUUUACUUUGAAACACAUAAAUGUUGUUAAAUUGGCACAUUGAACAC